AUGAGUGCAGCCCAAGACCCUGCCCAUGCGGUUGCCACCCAGGUGAGGCUGCGGGGCCGGAGCCAUGGAGAUGGGGGCAGCGGGGCUCUCUGUUCCCGCCAGCACCAGGAGCUUCGGGCCUUUCUCUGCCUUCUGGAGCACAGCUUCCUUCAGGAAUUCCUCUCCAGAGAUCCCUGUUUCCAGAUUUCAGAUAAGUACCUCCUGGCCAUGGUGCUGGUCUACUUCCGGCGCGCCAACCUGAAGCUCAGCGAGUACACCUGCAGCAACCUGUUCUUGGCGCUGUUCCUUGCAAAUGACAUGGAGGAGGACCUGGAGGAUGCCAAAUGUGUGAUUUUUCUAUGGGCCCUGGGCAAAAAAUGGCAUAGUCAGGUGGCAGACUUCCUGCGUCAGAGGGACCAGCUGUGGGCAAGGAUGGGCUUCCGGGCUGCCGUGAGCCGCCAGUGCUGUGAGGAGGUCAUGGCCAAGGAGCCGUACCAUUGGGCCUGGGCCCGGGAGCGGCGCCCCCACCACGGCGGGGCUCAGAGGAGCUGCCCACAGGCCCAGGCUCCCCUCCCGAGGGGCCCCGGCCUCUCACCACCCUACUGUCCCCUCUGUGGCGUGCCCUCUCUCUGUAGCCGCUGCUGCCACCAGCCCCGCCCCUUGCCUGUCUUACCCACGUGUCCUUCCCCCAACCCCGAGUGGUACUGCCCUCCUUCCCACGCUUGUCUCUCAGUGGCCGAAGACCCCUGGGGUGGGGGCUUCCUCACGGUCCUGCCCCCACAGCUGCAUCUGGAGUCGGGCACCUACACGCUCCACAGUGAGUUGGGGACGGGAGACGGAGGGGCCUGGGCCUGGGAGCCCGGGAAGCAGGUGUGGGGCCUGACAGAAUGAGAGGAAGGGACGCCAGCGCACCAGGACACCUGGCCUGGGGACCCGCAGGUCUGGGCACGAGUCCCAGCUCUGCCACCUCCAGGCGGUGCGAGCUUGGCAAGUUUCCUCUCUGAGUCUCUCCCUGUCCUUCUCCCCCCGGGUCCUCCCACAGCCUCCGUCAGUGCCCUCGGCGCUGACACCCGCAGGGUGAAGAGCAGCCCCCUCUGUGCCCGCUGACCCGACGCUGUGCGGGCCGUGGCCCCCUGGCCUCCCGCCCUGUGGGCCUCAGGCUGCCAGUGCUGCCCCCGCCCCUUC